AUGUCCGAGAUAAACACACACGCACGAUCGUCUCACUCUCCCUCAGAACAAGAAGCCGCCGAUACCACCUCCGGCGGUCUCUCUGUCCGCUCUAUCUAUCAUCUCCCCUCUCUCUCUCUCUCGAUCAAACGCGAUUCUCGAAGCCGCAGUCUCUCUGUCCGCUCUUUCUAUCUCUCUGCUCAGUCCGGCGUACGAAGUCAGGUAGCCGCCGAGCCGCCUACCCACCUCCGGUGGUAUUUCUGUCCGCUCUUUUGGUCUCUCUGCCCACCGCAAACGCAAACCCAUAAAUUUCAAUUUAUCGGAGUUCAUAGCAUAGAAAGAAUGGGGAUGAAGCUAUUUGACAAUGGUGGCUCCGAUUCUGAUGACUUAUCCAAAAUAGAAAUCAACAAAGAGUUCGCACGCAGAUACGAGCACAACAAGAAACGUGAAGAUAUACAGCGGUAUGAUGAGAUGAAGAAGAAAGGUGUGAUUGAUUCCGACAUAGAUAGCGAGGAAGAAGACGAGUCAUCUGAAGACGAGGAGAAUAUUGUCAAUUAUUCGAGAAAGCAGGAUUUGCAGUUCUUUGAUGCGUUAAUAAAGGUCAAAAAGCAAGAUUCUUCACUUAAAAAUAAAGAUGCUAAGCUAUUUGAUUUGGAUAAUGAGGAUGAAACUGAGGAUAAUAAUAAGGAAAAGAAAAGGAAACCGAUGUAUCUGAAAGAUGUGACUGCAAAGCAUUUAAUUGAGAAAGGGCCUGAGUUUGAUGAUGAAGAUGACGAAGAGGAAAACAAGGGUAAGAAAAAGAGUUAUUCUGAAGAACAGGAGGUAUUGAGAAAGGAGUUUUUGGAUGCAGUAGGUGAUGAAGACAAUGAAGAUGAUUUGUUGAAGGUAAAGAAUGAUAAAGGGGGAAUCGAAGAUGAAGAUGAAGAUGAAGUUGAGUAUGAAAAGAAGCUAGAUGAGUAUUUUGAAGAGGAUGAAAAGUUAGAUGAAAAUGAGAAGUUUUUGAAGGAUUAUUUCAGGAAAAAGAUGUGGUUAGAUAAAGAGACGGGUAGUAGUAACCACUUAAAUGAUGUGGAAUUAGAUGUUUCAGAGGAUGAAGAGGAGUUAGAGAGACAAGAGAAUUUCGAAAGAGAGUUCAAUUUUAGGUUUGAAGAAAAUGCAGGUGAUAGAGUUAUGGGGUUUUCAAGAAAGGUUGAUGGUUCAGUGAGGAAGAAGGACAAUGCAAGGAAGAUACAAAGGAAAAACAAAGAGGAAAGGAUAGCACUGGCUGAACUUGAAAGAAAGGAAGAACUGAAACAUAUGAAGAACUUGAAGAAGAAAGAGAUGAAUGAGAAGAUUAGAAAGAUUAGAGAAACAGCAGGAAUUGGUGAAAAUGAAGUUUGCUUAUUAGACGAACAUGAUCUUGAGGAGGAAUUCGAUCCUGAUGAGCAUGAUAGAACAAUGAAGAAAGCUUUUGAUGAUAGUUUCUAUGAAGCUGAUGAUGUGGACCCACGAUUUGGUAGUGAAGAAGAAGAAGAAGAUGGUGAAUUGGAAAAACCAAACUUUGAUGAAGAAGACGAGUUUCUUGGGCUUCCAAAACGGUGGGAAAAUGAAUAUGGAUCUGGUGAUGGGUUCUUGGCUACUAGAGAAAAAACCUUAAAGGGCAAGAUUGACAAUUCACAUGAUGAAGAAGAUAAGAAGAAGAAAAGGAAAAGGUCUGAAGUGGAGGAGGAGGCGAUUAAGAAAGAGUUAGAAGAGUAUUAUAAAUUGGACUAUGAGGAUACAAUUGGGGAUUUGAAGACAAGAGAAGAUGAGUUCAUUGUUCCUCGCCAUAAGAUAAAGGAACAUAAACAGAGGAUUAAAUCUCUUCUUAAGGGGGAGACUUCUGAGAAUGGUGGAAAGAGGAUCAAACAUGAUGUUGAUAAAUCUAAUGAGCAAGUGGUUGAUGAUGCUCAAAAUGAAGGUGAAAAAGUACUUUCUAGGAAACAGAGAAGAAAGAAGAAGCUGAAUGAGUUCAAGCUGCCACCUUCAAGGCUUUUAGCAUAUCAGAAGAUUACAGGAGCUAAAUCCAGUAACAAAAGGAAACACAAAGCUUAA